CCACAUCCUGAUGAAAGGAAGUCGGAGCUGCUGCCCGCCGGCUGGGAAGCUAACAAGGAGGUGUACACACUGCGCUACAAGUCUACGGACGAUGCCCGUGAGCUGCUGCUGAAGGCCGUCAUGGUGGAAGACAGCAUGAUCCUCAAUGUCAUGGAUCGUGGUUCUCAGAAGGUGGCAGAUGUGACCUUGGCAGUGGCCGACUACAUCAACGCAAAGCACCUGGACGAUUUCCACAAGGUGUACAAGAACACCGAGGAGCUGAGGACAAGGAUUGCUUCGGGCAUCAUCGCUCCACUUGGAGCCCCUGCAGAAAAGCCCAAAAAGGAGCCUGAGAAGGAGGAUCCUGACUUACACCGGGAUUAUGACCCGCUCAGGAUCCCUCCCUGUCAGCCAGCAGGCACGAGACCACCAACCUGGCCUUCCCCCGUGAACCCCUUCGCUGUUGGUGGGGAAGACCUGGACCCUUUUGGAUGGAAGCAGAUCUGUGCGCUGACACCUGCCAGCACCGGGGCUGGAGACCCGGCCUCCCAGGCAUGUGCUCGUGGGGCCCGGCUGUCCCGCGGCACUUUGGGCAGCUGGCCUGGCGGAGCCGGUAGAUCCGGGCCAGACCCCGACCACCUUCCCCCUCCCGGCUACGACGACAUGUUCAUGUGA